CGUCAUUCAUCACAUGACCCGCGCCACUGUACUCCGGUAGGCCAUAUUUGACAGUGGCCCACUAGUUUAGCGACGUGAGUGACGUGAAGAUCGUUCCUACCGCUCGACGAUCCGUUGCGACGAUCGGCAACCUGUAAAUACACCCGCGAUCGACCCGACCGAGACACGUCAAAUCGAGCCAGAAUGGCACAAGACUCAGGGGCUUCGGAAGCUGCGCCGGUGUAUUCGCCGUUCUUCGGCGUAAUGGGCGUCGCCUCUGCCAUUAUAUUUUCUGCUCUGGGAGCAGCAUAUGGCACAGCGAAGGCCGGUACGGGUAUCGCAGCGAUGUCUGUUAUGAGGCCAGAAUUAAUCAUGAAAUCCAUUAUUCCCGUUGUCAUGGCGGGUAUCAUUGCCAUUUACGGUCUAGUAGUGGCGGUCCUUAUUGCCGGAAGUCUCGGCAGAGUUCCCGCAUACGACCUGUAUUUGGGGUUCAACCAUUUGGGUGCUGGUUUAGCUGUAGGUUUCUCCGGUCUAGCCGCCGGAUUUGCCAUUGGCAUCGUCGGUGAUGCCGGUGUAAGAGGAACCGCUCAGCAACCCCGACUCUUCGUCGGUAUGAUCCUGAUUCUCAUCUUCGCCGAAGUAUUAGGUCUCUACGGUCUGAUCGUCGCCAUUUAUCUGUACACCAAACAGUAAACGGUCAGUAGCGGCAUUCUACUACCUGCCACGGCUCCAUGCAAGACAUGUCGCCUGCAAAAAAAAAAAAAAAAAACCAACAGCGCUCCCCGACUACUAUUAUGCUACAAGAAAGAAAAAACUUGACAUUUUACUUAAUCACGUUACUCCAUGCAUACCUAUUCUACUUACCAUCUCGGCUCAUCUCUGCGCGGGUAUUCAGCCCCCUUCCUCCUGUAAUAUCGUACUCGAAAUCGUUCUAUUUAGGCGUUCGAGCAUUUAACCACACAUUUACACACACGUCACUUUCAUCAGCGCAUAAUUAAUACCGAAGUGGUGCUGCGAUCGAGAAAUACAUUUAAACAAAAACAAAAAAAACCAGCCCGGUUCUUUCUUUUUUUCUUGAUUUCACGAGAUCGAGAUACGCGCGGUCGUGCGUCUCGAACGCUGUUGUGUGUAACGAACAAAAGCGAGUGUAUAGCGAAUUGAGAAAAAAAAAAGCGAAAGACAACGGCCGACAGGGAAAUACAUAUACAUAAUGUAGAAAAAGAACAAGAUCUCCUAUAUUAAUCCCAUUGUCGAACAUUUCUCUUUCACUGUAUAGUAAUCAUUUGUAGCUUAAUAUGAUAAUAUCGAAUUACCGUUAAAGUAAUCGGCUCUACUGAGUGUAUAAAGGAAAAACCAUGUUAUUGAUAAAAGAAUAUUUAGCACAAUUAUAUAUAUACAUAAAUAUAUAUAUAUAAAUAAAUAAAUAAAUAAAUAACAUCCGCGCGAAAUGGCAGGUACGCGAUGAGGCAUCCCAUGGAAAACAAAACAAAAAAAAAACGAAAUUAUAUCAUUGGAAUAGAAACAUCCGAGUGCGAAGGCACUUGGAUACUUCAAGUAGACACGCGCGAUGAUACGCGUAAUAAAAAAAAAAAAACAGCGUAUUAUAACAGCGAGAGAGAGAGAGAGAGAGGGAGAGAAUGUGAGAGUGAGAUUAUAUCGGCUUAGAUAUCUCGCAGGAACAGAGAUUGUGCAAUUGUGAGAAUAAAUAGACGAAGAUUGUUUAUGGUGGGUGUGAAAUUUUAGUUAAAAAAAGAAAAGAUUUAAAAAACAAAUUAAGUAUGAGUGCGAGUAGUUUAAUCAACAGAUACACACGAUAGCAUUAAGUCAAUUGAGAGAGGCUGCUGGACGCGGCGGGAUUUCACAUUUUCACGGUUAUUCAUAGACAACGUGGCGCGAUAGACUAGGGAAAGAAAAAGAUCUACGUCUAAUUCGAACCUUGUCGGAAGAGAGUCGCAAAGGCCAGCGACCGAGAGACCACGGUUCCGAUUAGUCGUAGGACUUGAUUAUUCGGUGUUCUCCGUGUCUUUUUCCGUCGCCGAGAGAAAAAAAACACGUCGUAUGUCAAUGGAGUAACGAGUAUAAUGUGAAGCUUGUGUAAAAUCGAACAGAAUCAUCGUACGUAUCAAUAGAUGAAAAAAAACACACACAAACAUGCAGAGAGACCGUAUAUUAUGGGAAAAAAAAAUCCAUGAUCUAAUUACAGAAAAGAGAAGAGUUGUGUAUGCGAUAUUAAACGGCAUGUAAACGGAGAAUAAUAAUUUGUACAUUCCAUAUUAAGUUUGUUCAGUAAUCAGGCGAGCGGGCGUUUGGCGACGAGUAACAAAAAUUUGUUUUCUCGGUAAGCCCGCAAUGCUGUGUUUUCUCGCAUUCAUUUUUGCGAUUCGAAAUUCAAAACCGAAUUCGUCGCUCGUCAUCGUCGCACCGUCGGGGAUGGAUUGUCGAUUGGGAGCUGACAAUCCUCACCCCCCUUCGUGCGCCCUUCAAUCGGCCACACCAUUCCUUCCCCAUUCAAUCGUCACACUCAAGUACAAACGCGAAAGUAAAACG